AGAGCGUUGUACAUUCAUUCUGCCUGCCUCUCUGGUCCUGCUCACUACAAUGGCCAGGCUCGUAUGAAGUAGCUGCUUCUCUCGGCUCAGACAGACGCGCCUCAAAGCAGCAGCAACAGCAGCAGCAUAUUUACUGACUGACAUUGAGACGCGCAUUCUGGAAUAUGAGGCAUUUUUGAGUCAAAGGUUCAUGAGGCAUUUGAGCUCUUUGGGAUAGCUGUCAGUCGUCGCGGAUUCCUGAAGCCUGUCUCUAAAAAAGCCCAUACCUCAUCUUCCGCCUCAGCCUUGCAGCAAACUCACAUUUACUGUCACACCACAAGUCGCUCCUCGUCCUCCUACCUAAUUGCUGGCUCUGAACUCUGCUGGGAUGGACACUGAGUCAACCCACUCUGGCUACUCCAGUCGCUCGGGGAGAUCAAACCGGCAUGGAGAUCGAAGCCGCGAAAGAUACAAAUGCGGCAGUAGCAAAGACAGCAGUCGCUCUGAGAGAUCGGUCGUCAUCAACCCGCCCGACACGCCAUCCCAGGACUCCCCGAUUCACAACGAAGAGCCGCUGCCUGGAGAACCUUCAGCAGCAGCAGAUCCUGGAGAUGAAGCCCAGGAUGAUAACUGGGGAGAAACCACCACAGCUGUUACAGGGACGUCUGAGCUCAGCAUCUCCCAGGAGGAAGUGGUUGGCCUGGGAAAAGAGAUACAAGAUCGAACCCAGGGCUUCCGACGUUAUCUCCCCCUGGCUGUGGGCUCCUGUGUUGGUCUGCUGGUGCUGGCCACACCCUUGGUCUUCCUGCUUCUUCCGGUAGUAAUGUGGCCUGACAGACUGCAGGCGUGUGGCGCAGCGUGCGAGGGCCUCUUCCUCUCAAUCUCCUUCAAAAUCCUCAUCCUCCUAGUUGCUGUUUGGGCCUUGUUUCUGAGGCCCAGUCGGGCCGGCCUGCCAAGGGUUUGUGUGUAUCGGGCCUUCCUCACCACUCUCACACUGCUGCUCACCAUGUCUUAUUGGCUUUUCUAUGGGGUCCGGAUCCUAGAUGCACAGGAUGAAGAUUACCAUGGUAUUGUGCAGUUUGCCGUGUCUCUGGUGGACUCCCAGCUGUUUGUUCACUACCUGGCAGUCGUGCUGCUGGAGCUUCGCCAUCUCCGGCCCUGCUACAGCAUGUGCGUCAUCCGCUCCACAGACGGAGAGACUCGCCACUACAACAUCGGCCAGCUAAGCAUUCAGCGAGCUGCUUUGACCAUUCUGGAGUAUUAUUACAGAGACUUUCCACUGCACAACCCUGCCCUUCUCUCUGCCUCUAAACACCGAACCGCCAAACACCUGGCUGGGUUAAAGGUCUACAACGUGGACGCUCCAGGGAGCAUGGCUGCAGCUCAGCCCAGUAAUGGAAAUCAGUCACGGGCCAUGGUUACACCUGCUACUAAACGCAAAGACAACGCGCACAGUGAGCUGUACUAUGAGGAGGCAGACUAUGAGAGGAGAGUCCGCAAACGAAGAGCCAGGCUGGUGGUCGCUGUGGAGGAGGCUUUCACACAUGUCCGGCGCAUGAAGAAAGAAGACGAGAACGCAGCACCGUCUGACAUCAUGGAUGUUCGUGAAGCCGCUCUGGCAAUAUUUCCCUCAAUGGCUCGUGCCCUGCAGAAAUAUCUCCGCACCACCAGGAGGCAGCACUGCCACAGCAUGGAGAGCAUCCAGAAGCACCUGGCUUUUUGCCUAAUUAAUAACCUGAGUCCUAAGGCCUUCCUUGAAUCCUACCUCGCUCCCAGUCCAACCCUGCAGUACGGCCCUGAACGCUGGAUGGCCGAUCAAUGGACUUUGAUCAGUGAAGCAUCAGUCACCAGCGGCAUUAAGGAGGGGACAGAGUUCCUGCUCAAGUGUCUUGAUUUUAGUUUAGCGGUCACAGUCAAGGGCAUACCUUACAUCCGUUUGACUGAAGAGUACAUUGACCCCAAGUCUCAUAAGUUUAUACUGCUGCUCCAAUCAGAAACCUCCGUUUAGUAGUGACACGGUGGAGCAGUGUUGCUGCUCGGUAAAACACAGAACUGUUUAUCUGACAUGAAUUUUUCAAGAAUAACUUUUUGUACUUUUUUUGUACGUAUGUGUGUUGUUUUUUAAAUUGCCUAUCUUGUCAUCAAGAGGAACUGGAACAAUGAUAAAGGGUUGAAAAGGAUUUCUUUUUGCAGACGAUUGCAAGGCUCAGUUUAGUUAUUCCUCUAUGCACUACAGACGAUCCUCACAAACAUCUGCAGUGCCUUGGAAAAGCACGUCCUUUCAAAUUUUUACAAUUUUUUCAUAUUUUAACCACAAAUGCCAGUUUGUUUUAUAGGGAUGUUAAUGUGAUUGACAAAGUGUUGCACAAUUAUAGUAUGAAACAAAAAUGUGUUAAGUUUUCAUCUCAUAUAAGCAGAGCACAAUCUUACGUAUGUUUGCUAUGUACCCUACAUAAUGUUACACAUUUUAGAUAAGAGUUUCUGUCAACAAUAGCUUUCUUCUUACCACUCUUCCAUAAAAGCCAGAUUUGGGGAGCUUGUGGCUAGUUGUCUUGUCAACAGGGUCUUUGACUUGGGCUGUGGAUCUCUGCAGCUCCUCUAGAGUAACCUUGGUCGAUUGACUGCUUCUCUGGAUUUUAUUUAGUGAUAACAGAGUGAAGGGGACUAAAUACAAAUGCAUGCCACACUUUUCAGAUUUUUAUUUGUUUAACAAAAAAUUAAAACCAUGUAUCAUUUUCCUUCCACUUUAAUAUUAUUUACUGCUUUGUGUCACAUUAAAUCCCAGUAAAACACAUUGACGUUUGUGGUUUUAACGUGCCAAAAUGUGAAAACAUUCAGAGGGUAUGGACAUCAUUUCAAGCCACUGUAUCUUCAUUAUGUUUGCUUUCAUUACUGUGUGCCUAUGUGCCGUAGGAAAGUUUCAGAAUUAGGAAAAAAGAGGGAAUAUAGCUUAUCCAUAGCUUUUUCAUAGAGGUGUACUUUGGAGUCUGUCUUAUGCAGUUCAAUAUAAAAUGUACUUUUUACUAGCUUAGUGCUGUUCAAAAGUCUUGAGUCAUCUCUUAUUUCUUUAUAUUUUAAUUCUAAGAAGCCAGACUAUUUGCAAUCUGUUAAUCUGGUCUUGAUCACUUGUUUCACGGGGUUGUUGAAGGCUUUUUCUUAAGGAAAGGUAUGAAGGAUCAUCUGAAUGCAUGAAGAACUAUUGAUCAAGACAUUUUUAAUAGAUCACAAGACAAUCUGACCACUUAAAAGAAAAGUGUAAAGAAAUGGUGACUGUCUAAUACAUUUGCACAGUGCUUUGCUCAUUUUUUUAUUUGUAGCAGUUAUUAUUUAUAAUCAUUCUGUAUAACAGAUGUAUGUACAGUAUUUAUAUGUAAAUACAUUUUUAUCCCAUCA